AUGGUUCAACCACAAAAGACUCCCUCUCAACAUAACUCCACCUUAUAUAUUUCUCCGCUCAUCACCAACCGACAUAAGGAUGUGUUCAUUACUCCAACGAACGCAAAGCCUGUGAACUCGUUGUUUGACUCCCCCAAUUCAAACCAUUCGCUGUUUUUCCAUUUCGAUAGAUCAAAUAACCAAUCGACUCAUACAGUGGAUUUGGGAGGAAACACCAGUAAUCAGCCAUAUGAACCAUUAACACAAGUGGAAAAGCUUAGAUUGUGGCGUCAUGAUGCUUUAAUGCAACACCAAUAUAAAACAGCUGAAUUCAUUGGGGAUAAAGUAUUGUCCUUGACUGAUGAUCCAAGAGAUGCAUUCUGGUUAGCUCAAGUAUAUUUCAAUAAUGGCAACUACUUGCGGGCCAAAAAGUUGUUAACAAGAAAGCUGUUGUAUGAGAAAGCUGUCAGUUGUCGGUAUCUUGCAGCGUAUUCAUUAAUUAAAUUGGAACAAUGGGAUGAAGCACUUGACCUUAUUGGUGAAACCAAUCCAUUUGUUAGAGAUGAUAAUUAUCAAGUUAAAAGUGAUGAUGGUGGUAUAAAAUUAGAAGCUUCAAUGUGUUAUUUGCGUGGGAUUGUUUACGCUAAUCGUAAUAACUUUGAAAGAGCAAAGGAAUGCUAUAAAGAGGCCUGUCUAGUUGACGUUAAAUGCUAUGAAGCGUUUAAUGAAUUGAUUAGCAAUGAUUUAAUGAAUCCCGGAGAACAGUGGCAGUUUAUUAAUACUUUGAAUUUUAGAGAUGCUGAUAAUAACGAUGAAUUGAUAAAGUUAUUAUACACUUCAAAAUUAAGCAAAUAUUUGAAUGGAGCCAAAUUUGAAGAAGCUGAUUCCAUUUUACGAGAUGAAUUUGAACUUGGAGAUAAUUGUGAUUUGUUGCUUAAUCGAGCUAAUUAUUUGUAUGUUCAAUGCAAUUUUGAUGAGUGUUUAGAAGUUUGUGAAAAAAUCAUUGCUAUCGAUGAAUACAAUUUUGACGUGAUACCGGAUUAUUUAAGUUGUUUACAUGAAUUAGGUGCUAAGAAUAAGUUAUUUUUGAAAUCACAUCAAAUGGCAGAAACCCAUCCCUCGCAUCCUAUGACAUGGCUAGCCAUUGGAAUAUAUUAUGUUUCAAUUGGUAGAACUAUUGAAGCUCGAAAGUUUUUCAGUAAAGCUACGAUUCUUAGUCCUAAUUUUGGUCAAGCUUGGAUAGGAUUUGCACAUACAUUUGCAUCCGAAGGAGAACAUGAACAAGCAAUUAGUGCAUAUGCAUUUGCAGCUAGAUUAUUUCCUGGUACACAUUUACCAAAUUUGUUUCUUGCAAUGCAACAUCUUCAAAUGAAUAAUUUAGGUUUGGCGGAGGAAUAUUUGUUGGCAGCUUAUCAGAUUUGCAAUACCGAUCCACUUUUAUUGAAUGAGCUUGGAGUUUUAAACUUUCGAAAAGCUGAUUUAGUCAAGGCAGAAUUAUUUCUCCAAGAGGCGUUAGUUGCAGCAAAGAAUUUAAAUUCUGAUAGUCGAACUUGGAUAUCAAUUCAUUCUAAUUUAGGACAUGUAAAUCGACGUGGACAUCAAUAUUUUAAGGCUCUUGAUUGUUUUAAUCAAGUUUUACGUAUAAGCAAUAAGAAUGAUUCCAAUCUACUUUCAUCAAUUGCUCUUAUACAUCUACAAUUAGGAGAGUAUUCUACUGCCAUAGAUACUCUUCAUAAUGCUUUAGCCAUAGCUCCCCAUGAUCAUGUUGCAAGUGACAUUCUUACUCGGGCCCUAGCAGCCAAUCAAGAAGCCAGUGGGGAAUUUUUCCAGUGCGCGAACAAACAAAUUGGCCGUCUUCUGUUGAAUGGAGGACUUCGUCAACCUCUUCCACCACCUCCUCCCCCAGCACAACCUUUAGCGCCUCAAAAUACGGCACUUGACCAAGACCCCAGCGAAGUUGCACAUAGACUUCAAACAGGAGAAGAUUCGAGUGAUGAAGGGGAGGAAGUAAUGGAAAUCGAAUAA